CACCCGCCGUUAAACCAAAGAAGGAGUAACGCGAGAUAGAACAACAACAGCUGCCAGUUCAAUGUCAAGCGUCAAGCCUUCCAUGUCUGAACCCAAGUCCCCGGGUUCUUACUGUGGUGUUCCAGCACAGAGAAGCUCACAGUGGGGUCCAGAGAUGGUCUCAGUGAAGCUGGAGGACUGCAGUCAACCACUGGAACUCAAUGUGAUAGUCAAAGAGGAGGAGGAGGAGGAGAGAGGGAUUAAAGAGGAGGAGGAGGAGAGAGCAUUCAAAGAGGAGGAGGAGGAGGAGGAGGAGAGAGCAUUCAAAGAGGAGGAGGAGGAGGAGAGAGCAUUCAAAGAGGAGGAGGAGGAGGAGGAGAGAGCAUUCAAAGAGGAGGAGGAGGAGAGAGCAUUAAAAGAGGAGGAGGCAGAGGAGCGUGCAUUAAAACAGGAGGAGGCGGAGGAGAGAGCAUUCAAAGAGGAGCAGAGAGCAUUCAAAGAGGAGGCGGAGGAGAGAGCAUACAAAGAGGAGGAGGCGGAGGAGCAAGCAGUCACAGAGGAGCAGAGAGCAGUCACAGAGGAGCAGAGAGCAGUCACAGAGGAGGCGGAGGAGAGAGCAUUCACAGAGGAGCAGAGAGCAUUCAAAGAGGAGGCGGAGGAGAGAGCAUACAAAGAGGAGGAGGCGGAGGAGAGAGCAUACAAAGAGGAGGAGGCGGAGGAGCAAGCAUUCACAGCGGAGCAGAGAGCAGUCACAGAGGAGCAGAGAGCAGUCACAGAGGAGCAGAGAGCAGUCACAGAGGAGGCGGAGGAGAGAGCAUUCACAGAGGAGGCAGAGGAGAGAGCAUUCAAAGAGGAGGAGGCGGAGGAGAGCGCAUUCAAAGAGGAGGCAGAGGAGAGAGCAUUCAAAGAGGAGGCGGAGGAGAGAGCAUUCAAAGAGGAGGAGAGAGCAUUCACAGAAGUGGAGAACAGGGAAGAGGAGGAAGAAGUAGAUGGGAACACUGACCCAGGUUAAAGGUCAAUGUUUCAGUCUACGUUGUCCUUCAUCAGAAGAAUCCCACAAAGGGAAGUGCCAGUUAUGAUUUUCCUUUGCGAUGAUGAUUUAUUUUUUAUAAAUUGCACCUCGACUCACGUUGAUUGAGCGCCCUCCUCUUCUUUCCAAAAAGGAAUAGUUUCACCAUCACGUUGAUUGAGUGCCCUCCUUUCCCUAAAGGAAUAGUUUCACCAUCACGUUGAUUGAGCGCCCUCAUCUUCUUUCCAAAAAGGAAUAGUUUCACCAUCACGUUGAUUGAGCGCCCUCCUUUCCCUAAAGGAAUAGUUUCACCAUCACGUUGAUUGAGCGUCCUCCUCUUCUCUCCCUAAAGGAAUAGUUUCACCAUCACGUUGAUUGAGCGUCCUCCUCUUCUUUCCCUAAAGGAAUAGUUUCACCAUCACGUUGAUUGAGCGCCCUCCUUUCCCUAAAGGAAUAGUUUCACCAUCACGUUGAUUGAGCGUCUUCCUUUUUUUCCAAAAAGGAAUAGUUUCACCAUCACGUUGAUUGAGCGUCCUCCUCUUCUUUCCAAAAAGGAAUAGUUUCACCAUCACGUUGAUUGAGCGCCCUCCUUUCCCUAAAGGAAUAGUUUCACCAUCACGUUGAUUGAGCGCCCUCCUCUUCUUUCCCUAAAGGAAUAGUUUCACCAUCACGUUGAUUGAGCGUCCUCCUCUUCUUUCCCUAAAGGAAUAGUUUCACCAUCACGUUGAUUGAGCGUCCUCCUCUUCUCUCCCUAAAGGAAUAGUUUCACCAUCACGUUGAUUGAGCGUCCUCCUCUUCUCUCCCUAAAGGAAUAGUUUCACCAUCACGUUGAUUGAGCGUCCUCCUCUUCUCUCCCUAAAGGAAUAGUUUCACCAUCACGUUGAUUGAGCGUCCUCCUCUUCUCUCCCUAAAGGAAUAGUUUCACCAUCACGUUGAUUGAGCGCCCUCCUCUUCUCUCCCUAAAGGAAUAGUUUCACCAUCACGUUGAUUGAGCGCCCUCCUCUUCUCUCCCUAAAGGAAUAGUUUCACCAUCACGUUGAUUGAGCGCCCUCCUCUUCUUUCCAAAAAGGAAUAGUUUCACCGUCUUAAAACGGGUUUGACCUUGAAAUGAGGGACGGUGGUAAAUGAGUCACUAAUCACAUGAAAUAAAUAAUAACGUUCAGAAAGGACUUUCCAGAAGCAUCAACGUCACCACUAGGGCUUUACAAUGAUGGUGAAAAUGUCGAUACGUUUUGGUGUUCAAUGGGUUAAAAUCGUCCAAGACGCCACUGAGGUGCAUAGGAGGGACUUGUCAAAAUGCUACAUAUCUGCACUUCUCUGUGGUCAUUUAAUAUA